GAGGUCCCGGAUGAAAAAUAGCUGCUGGCUCACGUGUAUUAAACAAAACACAGACGGUGGUUUGAUGUGUCUGCAGUUUGAUAGUUCUGUGGAGAGCAGCGGUGCAGCUCGGGCCCCUGAGAGACGGUGAUCGUUUUCUUAACAUCACACAGCUCCAGUGGAUACUGUCUGGUGAGGAAUGGCGGAGGGAGGCUUUGACCCUUGUGAGUGCAUCUGCACCCAGGAGUACGCGAUGAGGCGCCUCAUCAACCUGCUGAGGCAAUCUCAGUCCUACUGCACAGACAUAGAGUGCCCUCAGGAACUGCCAGGUCCCAGUGGGUCAGUGGGUGGGGGAGGUGACCUGACCCUCCCCAUGGUUCUGAUGGGAUGGGCGGUGUUAGCCCUGGUCCUCUUUUUGCUGCGCCCAUCCACUCUCAGGGGUACCCAUCAUUCUGGCAAGCCCAGUGGACCCCACAAUAGUGAUGGAAGAGAGCCCCCAGCACCACCUAUUGACUAGCAGUGGAGCCAAACAACCAGCAAAUGUACACCUCCUCUGACUAGAGUUGCACAGUAGCUGCAACCAGGAUAGCACCAUCUGUCUUUCUGUCAACCUUCCCUCACAUAUCUUUUUCUGUUUUUCUUCUUAUGAUCUUGUCACAGACUUGUCUCUGAUUUCUUAUUACUAGAGUCCAACUGAUCAACAAGGCCAGCACAACUAUGACAUUUAAAGGGGACCUAUUAUGCUCAUAUCCAGCUCCAAAACUUAUUUUACUCAAUUACAAUUGCAUGUUUUGCAGUUGCAGAAAUGAUCCUUUUAUUAUACUUGUCCUGGUGCAGCUCCUUAGCUCAAGAGGUGUUAGCCCCUCAUUCUUUAAGUGAACUUCAUUCUUAUUCGCUGCCCCUUGCAGGGUUUGAAAUGAAGGUGGGUGGAGCUUCUAUGCUUACAGUCAGAGCUGCAAGCCUGACUCAAUUAAGGAUUACUGCUCUCACUGACAUCACAAAGGACGCAGAGUAGGAAAAAACUGAGCAACUUUGACUGUAUUUAGUAUGAGCAUCCACCCAUGUAAAAGCAUAUAUGGUACACAGAUGGGGAAAAUGGGGAAAAGCAAAAUAUGUCCUCUUAAAAACAGUUCUCAACAGUACUCAAACUCACCUUGUUUUUUUUAGUUUAUAGUAUCGGCUGAAAAGGGAGAAUUUACAGUCAAACACAAGAUUUUAUCCAGAAGAAUGUGUUAAUAGCUGAACAUAAUCACAUAUAAAAAAUAUAUAUAUAAAACUUAGUACGACACAUGGUUUUCCCAUCUGCAGUACACACUCAACUACCAAACAACUGUGGCUUAAAAUAUAUAUCGUUAGACUCGCUUAAAUCAGGAAUUUUGGCAUUAUUUGGAGUUUGUCCCUGAUCCCAGCCAUGAUGGCGGUGGAUCUGCAGAAACUCAGAUGUAAAUCUAUGAUGAAGGAUUGUGUAACGUGAUCAAGGAAGAAGGGAGGGGGCAGUAGUAAAGAGUUCCUGUUGGGUCGUUAAAUUGUUUUUCUGGUGCUUGUAAUAACAAAGGGUGGCAGGUCCUUCAGUCUCCCUCAAACAUUCCACACUUUUCACUUUAUGAAGAUAAAACUCUAUACAGUACCAGUAACCAGGAGAUUUUGCAUCAUGUUUUAGUUUUGUAUUUAACCCUGCAGAAUUUAUUUGAUAAGGUUAUAGUCUCAUUACAGUAACACAACAUAGGAUUUUAAUGCAGUGAGUAAGUCUUCUGUGUUUACAUUCAGGCCUUGGUGAGAUACUCGUCUGACUCAAGCAGGUAGUCAGCUCUGCUAUAUUGACUGCAAGGCUGUCCCUUUAAAUAAGGUGGUGCAGCAGAACGUUUGAAACGAGAUUGAAGUUGAUCUGUAAAAUGUGAGCAAAAUAUUUGAUGCACACACCAGAGAAAACAAUUAUUCACCUCCAGUAAUAAAGAGAAGCUUAGCCUCAUUUGACAAAAUAAAACGAUCUGCAGUUAUAUCAUCAUCAUGUUAGGAUGAUUGUGUGCAUCAUUGUGCUUUAAAAGAAAACUGUACUAGUAGCCAAAAUAAUACAUUAUUAGCACUUUUUUGAUUCCUUUUGAAGUUCUCGUGUACAGAUUAAGUUUUCUAAAAGAAGAACCCAAUCAAAAGUUUCUGCUUCACAACUUCUGUACCAAGGUUUGUCAGUGGAAAUUAAUGAAACGUGCCAAUGUGAGUUUUUAGUUUCAUAUUAUUUGUGUUGAAACGGCAAUACUGAGAGGCCCUUUUGUUAUUUUCACUUUAUUUGGGAAUGAUUUUUUAUUUUCCACAUUUUAAUUGGGAACAUUACCGAUACUGGAGCCUUACCAUAAAUAAAUAUAUAUCUCCCUCUCAUUGUACUUACCCACACAAAACAACAAAACCAUUGAACCCAAAUAUUUUCAGACCCAUCAGCUGAGUGAGUCUGUCUGUAUUUUGUGAACAUCUGUAUAGUGUGUGGUUAUUAAAGUGUAUAUGAGCCUUGGGCUAUAUCCCAGGGUGUCUGUGAUAACAGAAAUUACAUGCAUUAAUCUUAAAAUGAAAGAGUAUUUGUUCAAUGCAUGGAGGGAGUUUAAACACUCGUCUUCAUCUGGCUGCUCUUCAUUAUCAGCGAAAGUCCUCUGAAUUAUGUUGUACUAUGGCUUUCUAGGGUUUUUCUGUGAGGUCACAGGUAAGAGUUAAAAGAUUGAAAAUGCUGGGUCAAUUAAAUGGAAUCAAUGGGGAAGCCAUGAGAUUAUUGACAUGAUUGGUGGUAUCACAGGAGACCUCGAUUUACACUGUUACUGUUUAAGAGUAAAAGGGCUUCAACUAUGCACUUUUCCUACAACAAAACAAAAAAUAAAAAGACUUAAGUCUGA